AUGGCUACGGCGGGAGUAGUCGAGAUCGCUCGCUCAGAUUUGAUACCGUCAGAACUUUCCGAGAAUGCAACCAUUAGUCAGGUUCAGCACCUUGCUUCAUACAACUGGAUCGAGGCGCCCAUCCCGACGAUUGCAAUACCGGGAAGUCCUGCGCAGUGGUUAGAAGUGAGCUCACCAAAGAGAUUGCAAAAAGAUAGCGGUCUUGUGUAUAUCGCACAGAAUUCCGCUCGCCACCCAGAGAGCCCCCUUGAGCCGCUUUUCCGGGCUUUGCAAAUCGAGAGACCCGACUUUGAUUCCAGUGAGGUCGACAUCAUCAGUGACCGGAACAAUUUCCGAAAGCUUUUGUCAUUUGUGGAUCCUAAAACUAGCAGGAACGGGCUGGAAAAUUUUACCAUCAAAGCUGAGAUCAUUGGUAGUGCUGUACUAUUGUGUCGAGAUGAGGCAGUGGUCCAGGAAACGAUCGGCCCAGAUGAAUUUAGAGGCUAUGGCCAUGAGUUCGAAAAGUCAUACACAACAAACCCGAUCGUUGAAAGCACCGGACACCACAGAAUCAUUGGAUAUCAGUUUGGAAAUCUGAGCUGGAUAAUUCGUCACGAAACAGAUGGUUUCGUGCAAGAUCUUCACGCGUCCGAAGGCUCAGCACAAAACGCAGAUAUACUGAGUUUGAUGAAAAAUUUGGCAAUCUCACCUUCCAACACGCCAGUGAAAGCUUUCCCAGGAUCUAAACUCACUCUCAAGCUUUGCGGACAAGCGGUACCACUGGGAUCAACCCUGGAGAUCAAGACUCGUGUCGCCCAUAAACAAAUUUCGAUCGAUGAAGUAGCCCCGCAGUUGUGGCUGUCGCAAACUCCGUACCUUGUCCGAGCAUAUCACAACAAGGGCACUUUUCAAGUACCUGAGGUCAAGGAUGUCCGAGCGGAAAUCCGGGCAUGGGAAAGAAACCACCAAACCCAGCUGAAAAUGUUAGCAGGACUAACGGUUAAAAUCAUCGAGAUGGUCAAAAAGUUCAAGCAAGCGACGAUCCAGUACCGUACUGACACCAACACUUUGACCAUCAGGUCUGAGAUGCAUGCAACCAUGCUCCCGAAAGAUUUGUAUCUUGUCUGGGAUGAACAUAUUCCAUUCCGAAUUUCCGUCAAGGCCGAUAAGGAGGCCCCCGAGAAGAUACCAGUCGUCAACUUCGAAAAAAAGCUGGCCGACACAACAAUCCGGAUUGGAGAUAAGUCAUACGAGAUACCGCUGGGCAAGUUUCCAGUCCUGCAAUCAUUCGUCGUCGCUGAGAGGCAGAAAUCUGUGACAACGGUGAUCACACAUCAGCAAAUUCCACUUUUCGACAUUGCGCUGGAGGGUGUCACGUCUGGGUUUCGACAGUGUAUCCGUAGACUCGGGAGUGAUCUGAAUUCCUACCAACAACUCUGUGUCACCUACGACAAUCUUGGCGUUGAUGUUCUCGAAGGCCAAUCACUGGGCAACAUCUUCUCGAAUAUUAAAGCUGUUAAUCAGAACCCUGCCGACGAAACGAAACGAAACAAAAGACUUGCAAGAGAUUCAGUGUUCAGGCUAAUCUAUUACUUGUUAAAAGCAGAAUCUUUCAGCAAAGGCAUCGAGAGCAACAAGAUCUAUAAUGCCGUGAUAUUUGUCGUUUCCCAUCCGCGGACCUUCCGGCACAAAGCUCGGUGCAUCGCCCGUGUCGCAUACGACUUUCGAAUGUGCCCAUCGGCGAAACAAAGCGCGACCCUGAACAAGUGGGACAAGAAUGAAGAUCCAGAUGAUGUCGACUGUACAACCGAUUCGGACAUCUCAGACUUCUACUAUUACGACUCAAGUGAUAGCUGA